AUGGCUUCCUCGGAAGCCGAUUCCCGAUUGAGUCGAGUCGUUACACCAGCUUUAGAGAAGAUCGUCAAGAACGCGUCGUGGCGCAAACACUCGAAGCUCGCUACCGAAUGCAAAGCUGUUAUCGAGCGGCUUAGCUCUCCCCAGAAAUCACCUCCUCCGUCUUCCUCUGCUGAUUCCGAGCCUGAUUCCGGCGUUCCCGGUCCACUUAACGAUGGUGGUUCCGUCGAGUACUCGCUCGCCGAUUGUGAACACAUCUUCAGCCCUCUGAUCAAUGCCUGUGGCACUGGCCUCGCGAAGAUCGUCGAACCAGCUAUCGACUGCAUUCAGAAACUAAUCGCGCAUGGCUACAUUCGCGGUGAAGCGGAUCCCGCCGGUGGAGCAGAGUCCAUCCUCCUUUUCAAAUUGAUCGAGUCCGUUUGUAAAUGCCAUGAUUUGGGAGACGAAUCGAUCGAAUUACCUGUGAUUAAGACUAUGCUAUCUGCAAUUAACUCCAUCUCGCUGAGGAUCCAUGGAGACUGCUUACUCCAGAUUGUACGUACUUGCUACGACAUUUACUUGGGAAGCAAAAACGUGGUGAAUCAAACUACCGCCAAGGCUUCUCUGAUCCAGAUUUUAGUGAUCGUGUUCCGGAGAAUGGAGGCGGAUUCGUCAACGGUCCCGAUUCAGCCGAUCGUUGUGGCUGAGCUCAUGCAGCCGAUCGAGAAAUCAGAUGCGGAUGGGACGAUGACGCAGUUUGUUCAGGGUUUCAUCAGUAAAGUCGUGCAGGAUAUCGACGGCGUGUUGAACCCGACAUUGUCAGGAUCCGGAGGCCAAGAUACGGCAUUGGGGACUACCACCGUGGAGACUACGAAUCCAACGGAUUUGUUGGACUCCACCGAUAAGGACAUGUUGGACGCGAAGUAUUGGGAGAUCAGUAUGUAUAAGUCGGCUCUAGAGGGAAGGAAGGGAGAGCUAGCAGACGUGGAAGCUGAGAAAGAUGAUGACUUAGAGGUUCAGAUAGAGAAUAAGCUGAGGAGAGAUGCCUUUUUGGUUUUCAGGGCGCUUUGUAAGCUGUCCAUGAAGACGGCUCCAAAGGAGUCUUCCACAGAUCCGCAGUCUAUGAGAGGGAAGAUUCUGGCUCUUGAGCUGUUGAAGAUCUUGUUGGAAAAUGCUGGAGCUGUCUUUAGGACAAGCGAAAGGUUCUUAGGUGCUAUCAAACAAUAUUUGUGUUUGUCGUUGUUGAAGAACAGCGCUUCUACUCUUAUGAUUAUCUUCCAGCUUUCUUGCUCUAUAUUUAUCAGUCUGGUUGCAAGAUUUCGGGCUGGAUUGAAAGCGGAAAUUGGAGUUUUUUUCCCCAUGAUUGUUCUUAGAGUUGUAGAGAAUGUUGCUCAACCUAAUUUUCAGCAGAAGAUGAUUGUUCUUCGGUUUCUUGACAAGAUUUGCUUGGACUCACAAAUCCUAGUUGAUAUGUUCUUGAACUACGAUUGUGAUGUCAAUUCAGCAAAUAUUUUCGAGAGGGUGGUCAAUGGUCUCCUUAAAACGGCUCAAGGGGCACCUCCUGGAAUAGCGACAACGCUGUUGCCACCUCAGGAGGCAUCUAUGAAACUUGAAGCCAUGAAAUGCUUAGUAGCCAUAUUGAAAUCAAUGGGAGACUGGUUGAACAAGCAGUUGCGUCUGCCAGCUUCUAAUUCAUUGAAUAAAUCUGAAGCACUCGAGAUCGAUCUGGGACCUGGAAGUCCCCAGUUGGCAAAUGGAAAUGCUGAUGAGGCUGCUGAAGGAUCUGAUACCCAUUCUGAAACUUCAGGAGGUACAUCUGAUGCUUUGGCCAUAGAGCAGCGCCGGGCUUACAAGCUCGAACUUCAGGAAGGUAUUUCUCUUUUUAAUCGGAAGCCAACAAAAGGCAUUGAGUUUCUCAUCAACGCGGGUAAGGUGGGUGACUCUCCUGAAGAAAUAGCAGCUUUUCUCAAAGAUGCGUCAGGGUUGAAUAAAACUUUGAUUGGUGAUUAUCUUGGAGAAAGAGAAGAGUUACAUCUCAAGGUGAUGCAUGCGUAUGUGGAUUCUUUUGAUUUCCAAGACAUGGAAUUUGAUGAGGCAAUAAGAACCUUUCUUGAAGGUUUUAGGCUGCCUGGAGAAGCACAAAAGAUUGACCGAAUCAUGGAAAAGUUUGCUGAACGUUACUGCAAGUGUAACUCUAAGGUGUUUACCAGCGCAGACACAGCUUAUGUUCUUGCAUAUUCUGUGAUCAUGCUCAAUACUGAUGCCCACAACCCCAUGGUGAAGAACAAGAUGUCUGCCGAGGACUUUAUUAGAAACAAUCGGGGAAUCGACGACGGGAAAGAUUUACCUUCGGACUACAUGAAAUCGCUGUAUGAAAGGAUAACAAAGAAAGAGAUAAGGAUGAAAGAAGAUGAGUUACCUUUGCAACAGAAACAAUCCGCAAACUCAAACAGCAUGCUUGGUUUGGAUGGUAUAUUAAACAUAGUGAUCCGUAAGCAGUGGGGAGAUUCAUAUGUGGAAACAAGUGAUGAUCUGAUGAAGCAUAUGCAAGAGCAGUUUAAGGAAAAAGCUCGCAAAUCAGAGUCAACCUACUAUGCUGCAACAGAUGUGGUUAUUCUCAGAUUUAUGAUUGAGGCUUGUUGGGCUCCUAUGCUUGCUGCCUUCAGUGUGCCUUUAGACCAGAGCGAUGAUCUGAUAGUUAUCAACUUAUGUCUUGAAGGCUUUCACCAUGCAAUCCAUGCCACUUCGUUGAUGUCUAUGAAGACCCACAGAGAUGCUUUUGUAACUUCACUAGCGAAGUUCACUUCACUUCACUCCCCAGCUGAUAUCAAGCAGAAAAAUAUUGAAGCUAUUAAGGUUGGUCUUUCUACUAGAUUAAGUUUAUAG